AUGAACAAAAUGAAUUUGGAUUGGACAGAGGCAGGUCAGAACAGGAAGCCUAGCAUCGAGGAGCUCGAGGAGAUCCAACUUGAAGCCUAUGAGAGUGCCUCAUUCUACAAGGAAAAAUUGAAGCUUGCCCAUGAUAGUCUAAUCAGGGCAAAAAGCUUCGAUACAGGGCAAAUGGUACUCUUGUACCAAACUCGAUGCAAGAUUGUCGCGGGCAAACUCUCAACCAAGUGGGCCGGUCCAUAUGAAGUCAAUGCCCAAUACCUAAGUGGAGCCGUGGAAAUUAAAGACCCAAAGACCAGAAGCAUUUUCAAGGUUAAUGGGCACAGACUGAAGGCGUACUAUGGGUAG